GAUCAAAAGCCAGAAGACCUCCCAACGCUCCGUAGUAACCUCUCUUCUAUAGUCUCCCUCUCCCUCUCCCUCUCCCAAUUCCCAAUUCCCAAUUCUCUCUCUCUGAUCUCUCUGAACCCACCUCUUCCCCCUCGCGAAGGGGAACCCGUCGGCCUUCGGUUGUGGUAGCUCCUGGAGGUUUUGUGCUUCGUCCUUAUGGUUGUGGAGGUUCUCAAUUACAUUUGUUUUUAAGGCAUCCGACAUCUCUCUUGUAGAGGGUCAAGGAUAGAGGAGAAGCUUACUUUGAUGGAGAAAGUGGUAGUCAUGGUUUCUGAGUUUGUUAGUGAAGAAAGCUUUCUCGUGUGUUGUAUGUUUGAGGAGGCUGUGUCUCUUGCUUCUUCUAUUUUGAGGCAUUUUUGUAAUUCAGAUGAACCAAUAGAUGAAAUUCAACUGGAGGACAUGAUGGAAUCUUCUGGUAUGAUACUGGUUCAGUCCUUGAAGGAAUUGGGGAGGACACCUGAAAUGCUGAAUGAACUUAAAUGUCUGUUUGGUUCAGUGACUGCUAUACCCGUUCAAGUUGUACUUACCGGGGCCUGCUUCCAGAUGUCAGAAAGUUCUUUUUCUGGUCUUCAGGAAUUCCUGUUAGAGUUCCUUAGUAAUUGGCGAUACGUGGAAGGUGAGGCAGGACCAUUUGGGGAUCAUUAUGAAAGAUGUGAUGGGCAUUCUGUACUGGAAGUGGACAGGUACCUGGAACUUGUGGAAGUCUACACCAUAACACUUCUUGGGAUGGUUUUAAAUGAAACAGAUGUUGCUAUUUCUUGGUUGGAGAAAGCUGAAUUGCCUGAGGAAAAACGACAAGAACUUUUGAGAAGAUUAUCCUCGUAUUCUCUGACAGCCACCAAAUCAUCACAAGCUGUGGAUUCACUUUCAUCUGCAGAAGCAAAUAAGGAUCAUGCUGCUUUUUUGAAAGAGAGAAGUAUAUCUGAAGUUGAUGAAUCUUUGAGAUCUUCAAAAGCUGGAUAUUCAUCUGAUGGGAUGAUAGAAAGAAAACCGGGCCAUGCCAUUCUAAAACUUUCUGAACGGAUGCAAUGCUUCUGGUGGUUCCGUACAGUCAAUCUGAAGAUUGGGAAUGCUCGGUUGGUCUUAACUCAUGGGAAGAUUGUGCUUUGGAGCUCACUGAUUGUUGUUAUUUAUUAUGUUCUUCGGCAUAAGCGAGAUACAUUGAGGCGGAUUGCUAGUAGGAAGGUUUCAUCUGUGAAAAAAGCUCUGGUAGAUAUGUGGCAACUGGCGUUUUCUGUCCAGGUGAAUCCUCUGGCAGCCGUCCAACCUCUCCCUGUUGCAACACGUGGAAGCAGGUGAUGAGCCAUGGGUCAUAUGAUGUUUCAGGCUUGAAACUGUCCAAGACCUGGAAAAAAGGUGAAAGAAUCAGAAAUCCCAUAUCGGUCUCUAGUGCCCAAAAAAAUAAAUAAAUAAAAUUGUUACUGCCUUUGGGAAGAGGAAACCCAAAGCUCAAUUAGGUACCAUAUACAUAUGUAAUAUUUACAGUUACCAAAUAUUGUAUUGAGGUGGAUGUAGAAACAUGAAUGUCAUUUGGAGGGUUUCCUUCAAUAGCUGAUAUAAGGAGCAACAGUUUCUACCACUGAAAUUGUGUGAUUGAGCUUUGCUUUAUUGAAAGUGUAUUGAUUGUGAAUGUGGGAUCUAAUCAUAAUUUUUUACUGGUUAUCACCUUGGAAUUA